CGUACGCCGGCAAAGGAAGCUGGGAGUGUCAUUAUCCGAGCUUUCCGAAGUGCAUCCUUUGCACGCUAAGUUUUGUGCCGGCAAGACUCGAGCAUCACAGUUCUGCCGCGGCCACCGUCCGGAUCGGUCUUCUCUAUAGCGCACUCUCGAUCGUUUCCUUUUUCCAUUAAUCUCAACGAGACGUUGAAACAACGGAACAACUCAUUUCGAUCACUUUCCAUCGGUUAUUUCAUCCGCUUUCGUGCCUCGUUAACUCGAAUAACCAAAGAAAACAAGAUGGGAUUAAGACUUAACUUCAACGCUUGCGUGGCUUUCGCUCUUUUGGCCCUUGCCGCCAACGUCCAGCCGGGCUCCGCCAUCAAGUGCUGGGUCUGCACGUCGACGAUGAGCAAAGAUUGUGGCGAUCCGAUGAACGCCACCGAACACAAUCGCAACUUCCAUACACGAGACUGCGACGGAACCAUUUCUCCAAAUACCUAUGGAUACAACGAGAAAAACGUUUGCAAAAAGAUCGUUCAAAGAGAAAACGGUCAAAUGGUGAUCGUUCGAUCCUGCGCCGUCCCGAAUCCGGAAGAGCGUGACAUCGCCAAUGGGCCAUGUGGACCCCACACAGCGACACAGAGCAGUGUAUCGAUUGAAUCGUGUCACAUUUGUAACUCCGAUUAUUGCAACGGUGCAAGCUCCAUUUCCGGAAUUCAGAUGUUCCAGGCCUGCGCGGUGGCUCUCUUGACCUGCGUGCUCUCGCCCUCGAUUAGGUCGUUCUUUUAGUGUGUGAAUUUUCAAACUUUCUUUUCUUUACCGUCGGAGAAGCCAAAUCGAGAAGCGAUUAACGACGAAGGGAGUUUUUCGUCUUUAACGCGACGACGGAGGAAAGUAACUUAAGCGAAUUAUAUCGAGCCGGAUUUCCUUCUCGAAACAUACGUUUUUUUAAAUUCGAUACAUAAAUAUUGUACGUAAAGUAGACUUGAAAGAUACGACGUGGAUUUGCGAAUCGUGACUGCACCGAAGGUACAAAAAUGUCGGAUUUGCAACGUUUCUUCGCCGCAUUAUCAAUCUCCAAUAAAUAUUAUUAAUAUAUUUCAAAUAUAUUCUCAUUAUAAAGAUCAAAGAGUGAAAUUUUCUUUUCGACACAUUGAAUCCAUGCUGCGUUUUGGGCAUUUGUAGGAAUACGAUCUCUCAUGGAAUGGAAAACAUUUUUAUACCUUUCCCGCAAAUUUUUCGCCAUUGUUUAUCUCACAUUCUGUCCGAACGAUUGUUGCUGUAGAAACAUUUUUUCCAAAAUUGCAAAUACAUAUUUUAACGAUUUUAUCCUUUCCUUUAAUCCUCUGCACUUUUUUGUAUUAUUAGAUUUAUUAUUACUGUUAUUAUUAUUAUCUCAUAAUUAAUUAUUAUUUAUCUCUUUCUUUGAUAUAAUCUUCACCGUCUCUCUUGAUUUUCUAUCACGUUUUCUUUCUAUUGGUUUUACGAAGUAUACUUUUAAAACCGUGUACGUGUUCGUGAAACGUGGCUUAUCAGGAAUCCGUCCAGAUGAUAGAAUCGCGGCUCAUCGAGUUUCGGAAGCUUUGCGAAUGUUUUUUUUCACUCUCAAAAAAAUGAUUAUUUAAAGCUUUUGACCGAGUAUUAACGGAGACUAAAAUCGAGUCAAGAGAUCCGAUCGAAUCGGAAUCGAGAUUUGACGCAGACUCUCUAUUCAACGGUGCAUUUAAUGACGAAAAAAUUGAAAAUUUUCGUACUUGUCGUACCUCUUUGGAUUUAUUUGCCCAAAUUGUAUAAUCUUGUUGGAAAAAAUGUCGUACUUUUAAGGUAUUUUUAUCGAGCGAAAAGAAUUUUCUUCAUUUUUACGAAAUUUAUUAUUCAACAGAUGACUUUUUCUGUGUUGAGUAUUUUCUUACCCGAUACCAAGUGUGUGUGUUGUUUCAAUAAACUUUGUACACUUUCA